AUGUCGCAGUCGGAAGGAAAGCACGUCCUGCUCACAGGAGCUAAUGGCUUCGUUGCCUCUCAUAUCUUGUCUAUCUUGAUUGACCAAGGCUAUGCUGUAACCGCGACAGUACGAUCCCCUGCCAAGGGCGAGGCCAUCAUCAAAACCCAUCCAUCGUGGAAAGACAAGAUCGAAUUCGCAAUCGUAUCAGAUUUCACCACCGCCGGACCGUUCGAUGAAGUCUUCAAGAAGACAAAGUUUGACUAUGUGAUCCACGCUGCGUCUCCAGUAAACUUCAGUGUGUCCGAUAUCCAAAAGGAGAUGAUUGAGCCUGCUGAGAAAGGGACUACGGAAAUCUUGAAAGCUGCACUGAAAUAUGACUCUCUGAAACGAUUUGUGUUUUUGAGCAGUGCGGUCACCGUGAUGAAUUCCUUCGAAGACAUGACGAAAGAAGGAAAGCCCUACACCGAGAAAGACUGGAACCCGGUCACGGCCAAGCAGGCAAUUGAAAAGCAUGACGCCGUUCUCGGAUACAACGUGUCAAAGAUCAGAGCUGAAGCUGCAGCAUGGGAGUUCUUCGAGAAGAACAAGCCAUCCUUUGAUUUGGUUGUCAUCAACCCGGAUAUCAUCGUUGGUCCUAUGAUUCACCCCAUCGAUGGACCAAAGUCUAUCAAUGAAACCAACGGCUUCGCAGUCUCUAGCUUCAUCGAUGGAACUCAUAAAACAAUAGACGGAGUCCAAUUCCCAUUCUAUCAUUAUGUUGAUGUCCGUGAUGUCGCCCAAAGCCACGUCGAUGCUUUGACCAAUCCGGCAGCUGCGAACCAGCGAAUCCUCCUGAUCGCAGAUCUGAUCACUCCCCAGUUGGUGGUGAACAAUAUUAGGGAAAACUUCCCCCAGCUCAAGGACCGUGUUCCGGAAGGCAAUCCUUCUCAAAUCCUUCCCCCGGGUAUUCACCCAACCGGAUGGGAUAUGCGCGUCAGUCUAGAUAUCCUGGCCAAGGGCUCUAAGACUGGCAAAUGGAAUUAUCGGGACUUGAAGACUAGCAUUGUUGAUACUGUCCAGUGCAUGCUCGAUUCUCAUGUCAUCUAA